AUGUAUCAAGAAAUAGAAGGGCAGAAGCCAGUGAUUGUUGCAAGGAAUCAUAAUGCCCGUACAAGGAUGAUAUUGUACAAGUGGAUGACUCCACCAAACUGGAACCCAGCUUGGAAUUUUCAACAAGCAGAGCUAACAGGGCUUUAUUUUGGCAUAACCAGAGCCUUAUGGUAUCAAUUCUACGCUCCAGCAACUGAUCUCUUAAGGUAUUACCAAGCCCCAGACAGCCUCCGCACUCUAGGAAUUUUCACUAACUUUUUCAUAAGAACAUUUGAAUAAAUUUAUUAUUUUUAUAUAAAUAUUUUGAUAAAAUAUAUAAUUAAUGAUUCUUAUAAUGAGAUCUGAAGUUGAACUGUAUAGCACAAUUGAUAAUCGAAUUUAAUUAAUAAAAUAAUGAAAUCUCAAAAUAAAUCUUUAAAUUUUAGACAGCUUGCAUUCUUAAACAUAAAUCUUAUAAAUUAAUUUUGGAUUUUAUAUUCAAAAGCAAUUAAUUUUUUUAAAAAAACAACUUAUCUCCUUUUAAAAACAAACUUGCUCACUCUUUAUUGGGGAGGAUAAGGAAGUCUGCAAAAUGGAAAACUUCCGAAGAGGCUUCUUCUCAAGUUUAUUCUUUUCCAGCACCUAUGGGCUUGCAUUUCAAACAUCAAGAUUUUAUCUUUGGAAAGAUUAUGCAGGAGGCUACGCCCAUGAGCACCACACUGUUAAUACCGAUUGGGGGAAAUAUCUAUUAACUGCAGCCGCAAUUGGUGCUGUUACAUGCUGGAUUCCAGUUCCUUUCUAUAACAUUUCCUUAAGAUUCGAGCAGGACAAGAUUCUUCCAAAAGAAUUCGCAAGAGGAUACAGAAAUCACUUCCACGCAGCCUUAACUAUUUUAAGCAAAGAUGGACUUUACCCAUUCAUGAGAGGUGCAGGCCCUCUAAUGGGUCAAGCUUUCGGAGAAACCUUGGGCUUGCUUUUCUUCACUGAUUUCAUAAAAGAAAAACUCAGACAUAUGACGCAUUGGGGAACUGAUUUCCCUGGAACACCAGAAGCUGUUUUAAGAGCAUUUUACGUCAGCGCUGGAGUUUAUGCUGGUGUGUUUAUGGGCUACCCAUUCCUACAUUUGAAACACUUAGUAGAAGAGCUGCCUAAGAACUCACAAGGAGAACUUUUCUUUAAGAACUAUGCAGAGGCUUUCUGGAAAGCACUUGGAGACACUUUUUAUAUUGGCCAAAUGUGGAAUGGGUUCCAUGGAUAUUUGGCUAGCUCCCCUUUGUCUUUAUAAAUUUUAUAUGAAUUUUUUUAGAGUUUCCAAAACUUUUAUUUUAUGAAUCCUUCACGAUGGUUAUCAAAACUUAUACGAUAUGGAUUUAUAACAGUUUAUUUGAAUUUUUUAUAUUUAUUUCACAAUUUAUUUAUUGACUUAUUUUUUAUGGUAAAUAUUUUACUAUAUAAAUAAUAGAAGAUAUUAUAAGCCAUUGCAAUUGUAGUUUUUAUAUUUUUUAAAAUUGUUUACUAUAUAAUGGGUCUAAAGAAAAUUUUAGAAAAAUUUCGCUUUUUUGUUAUGAAAAAGGGGAGUAAGGCAGGAGUGCCUUUGUUCUUAGCCACAUGGUUUGCUGAUUCAAUUGGAAUAUUCGACCAAGCAGUCUUCCCAGCAGUUUACGUUCCAGACCCGGAAGCUUAA